CGACUUCGGACAUGUCGGCGGCUCUCGGCGCUAGACGCUGCGUUUCCCUUUGGCGCGGCAAAUGAUUUUACGGGGACGUCAUCACUCUGUUUGUCCCAGGGGCGUUUGUAAAUUUCAUGGCCGGCGUUAAGUACUUGUUCAACGACUCAAUCGCGACAGCACUCCACGAAUAAUUAAGGUUCUUGGUUUUGCAUCACAUAAAGCAACAACACAAAUACCAUGAGCAUGCGCACUUCAAUUGCGACAGGCACACGAGAGGUUUCUCGCCUUUGCGCGAGGUGCCGGCAGCAGGCAAAGGUGGCCCGGCCAUCUGGGACAGUGGCGACCGCACGAUGGGUUCCGAGAAUGGAUACUAGCAGUACGAGUCAAAAGCGAUGGAUUUCGGGGACGGCCUCCUUCUCCCGGCCGGUAACAGCGGCCCAGACCAGCGAAGCGACGGCUGCCUCCAGCUCGCAAGCAAGCAAACCCCCCACGACGCACUACGACUUUUUCCCCAUCACCCUCCCUGACGGCCCGCCGCCCAAGGGUCACUUCCCAAUCGACCAGCGCGCCCUUCGACGCGAGUUCCUCCGGCUACAGGCCAAAGCACACCCGGACAUGCACCCGGCAGAUCUCAAGGCGCGCGCUGAGGCAACGUCGGCGCGUAUCAACGAGGCGUACAAGACGCUUUUGAACCCGCUGCUGCGCGCGCAGUACCUUCUCUCCCUGCGCGGCGUCGACGUCGCCGAGGACGAGACACUCAAGGUUGAGGACCCAGAGCUGCUGAUGAUUGUGCUCGAGGCGCGUGAGGAGAUCGAGGAAGCGACAAGCGAGAGCGAGCUGGAGGGUCAGCGUGCGGCCAAUGACGAUCGCAUACGCGAGAGCGAGGAGGUACUCGAGGAAGCUUUCCGUCACGAUGAUAUCGAGACGGCGAAGCGGGAAGCGGUGAAACUCCGGUAUUGGGUCAAUAUUCAGGAGAGCUUGAACAACUGGGAGGCUGGAAAGCCGACUGUUCUGCAACACUAGCAGAAGAUGGGGAUGGUUGAAAGGGAAGAACAAGCCAACUUGUCUGUGCAGUCGAGGCAAAAUGUAUAUCUAUCUGGGCCGGGAAGGCUCGACCGUCAUCAUCAGCCGAUGGUGGGCCGAUGUUUUUGAGACACCCGGCUUUUCACAAUUUAAUGCGUGCACAAUUGUGUUCAAUCCCACCAAUCCCUGCUUUUGGAAGUGGUGGACACAAUGAUGCGUGUCCGUCCUGUUUUGGUCAAAAUCCCCGGUAGACCGAAGAAACCCGCCAAGAAAGUUCCGUU